UCAGCAUCUCCUCCGCCAACUCUUCUCAUCAUCCUCGUAAACAAAAAUCAUCUCAAUCGAAGACCGUCCAAUGCAGGUCGUCUGGGAGGCAGACACUGCUGCCUUUGCAAGUCGGAAGCGAGCUGCACGGGCGUGCGUACGAUGUCGCGCUGCCAAAAAACGCUGCCACCACACCUUUCAGCGUGCUCCGGAACAACAGGCACACUCGGAUGGCCUCAAGAGAGUCCUUCCCAAUCUGACUCACAAGGAACCGAUCCGGUUUGUUGGCGACCUCAACCCGGAGUCGAUCCUCACCGACCUGUCAUCUCGUGCCAAAGGUGGCACACGCAUAAGCCGUGUUGGCACCUGGGUUGAAAGGUCCCGCCACCCGCACGAUGAGUUCCCUCCAGAGGACUUGGGCCCGCAUGUGCGUUCGUGUAACAAGACGCCCAUCAACGUUGAGAAAUACGGCAAGUUCGAAGGUGGCCGCCGCGUACUCACUGGCCAUCAACGGAAUUACUUGCAAGCCGUGGGCGCGUUCAGAGUGCUGCCCAAGGCCACUCAAGAUGCACUGAUCCCGACAUUCAUCUCGUGUCUGGAUGGCAUCCUGCCGAUCUUGUACGGACCCAAGCUGCUGAAGGAAUGGACCGAUGGUUGCUGUUCGAUAUUCCUCAUCCAGGCCAUAUGUCUGGUCACCUGCAAGACAGAGGAGGCGGCUCCCUUCCUUCGGCUUUACGACGAUGGACCACUUCUCGACCCGAUACCGUUCGCGAGAAGUCUACAUACCGGUCUCGACGCAGCCAUGAAGGCAGACCUCGAGCCGGACCGCGUCACCAAAAUCCAAAUUCUGACAUUGAUGCAUCUGCACAACGACGGACCCGGUGGUAUCGAAGAAUCCUCUCUGAAUCUUUCCCAGGCCAUCCACGACGCCUGGUCAAUAGGGCUGCACAUCCUCACCCCAGGUCGCACGAACAAAGAUCAAUUCAGCAUGCUCUGGUGGACGAUAUGGGCUUUGGACAAGUUCAACGCCUGUCUCGGUGGCCGCCCCAUCAUGAUUGCGGACCGUGACAUCGACAUCUCGCCGCCUCCGCUCGAGGACGAGCCAAAAUCACAAGUCAUCACCAUCUGGCUCCGUCUCGGCGAUCUACUCGACAAGGUGAUCGAAUUCUAUCGCCCUACCGCCAACCCGGACGAUACAGGCUGGGAGACAGAGUUCCCUACAUUCGCAUCAUUGGUUUCAGACAUUGACCUUAGCGCCCAUCCGCAAGGUGAACAAAACAUCCUGGAAAUCUGCUAUCUCGUCAUUGCCAUUCUGUCAUGUCGCGUAGGCGGUCCCACUACACCAAGUUACGCCCGACGCAUCAGCGCCGCCGACCGCAUCCAACAGCUCGUCUCUGGCGACGGACACAAACACAUCCCACCGUUGCCUCUGGUCCCGUACGCCGCCGGGCUGAGUUUGACAGUGGUGUAUCGCUGUCUCAGAGACAAAGCCAACAUCGACCUCGAACGUGCCAAGGCCGACCUCGCCACGCGCUGCGAGACGCUCGAAUCCCUCUCGACGUCCUGGUGGACGGCCGACGCCAUGGCCCGCCUCGGUCGCAAGGCCCUCGCGUCUCUCCAGCAGCCCGGGGCGGCAAGACACUCGGUCGCCGGUAUCCAGAACGACAUGGACGCAGAAGUGUCGGUGUGCAAGUACGGUCCGUUUGACAAAAAGGAUGGUCACCACCACCACAACAGCCAUGGCGGCCAUCACCAACAAAAACAAAAGGCAACAGCCCACAAGAAGCCCGGUGCCUCGGCCGGCGGGAACGCACUACACGUCUUGUCCGACGUCGCGGCUACACGCACGCCUGGCACUUUCACCUUCACCUCUUCAUCCGCCGCCGCUCACAAUCAUAAUCUCCACGCUGUACAGCCACACGCCCUCCCACCUACACCAAACUCCUCGGGCCACCACUUUGUCUCACCGUCGACAACAACGUCGCACGCGACGUACCAUCAUGCGGCACACCACACCGGUACACAAUCGACAGAUACAAUGACACCGCUCGACGCAUCGCCUUCUUCUCAUCGUUUUGAUAACGCCGCCGCCGCCGCCGCCACGAUGCCGCAGUCCUCAGGUCUUGGACAAGAUCAAGGACACCUUUCUGUCUCCCCGUUCGACCAGUACCAAUACCAAUUCAAUGAUUUGGACAACUUGUUCGAAGGCUUUUUUGAUCUCAGUAUGCCUACCAUUUUCCAGGAUCCAUUGUUUGACGGUGACGCGUUCAUGAACGCAGAUCUUGGUCUAGGUGGAUUCGACGACGGCGACGUCGUCGUCGACGAUGCAGCGGCAGCUGAUGACGCUACCAUGACCGGUGUCGGUGUCGGUGUGGAUGUCGAUGCCGGUACGUACAACGCGGCGUCAACAGCAGGGCCAGCGUCAUCAUCGACCAGACCCACACGUCUGAACAACACGAACUCGACCUCGCAGAGUCAAGGAAGCAACAUGCUCUAUUCAGAACUCAAGUUCAAGAAUUGAUUGGACGGAAGACACCCAAUAAAGAAAAGAGGUGGACACUAUACUCUGACCGUCACAGAGAUUGACGGAUUUGAUGAAUUUAUUCAUACAUCGAGAAAACUCAUAACAGCGGGAAUACUAGCGAGGGUAUUGACGGACAUUCACGGCGACGAGUAACGAACAUGGCGCAGUACUGACAGGGAGGUAUAUGUGGUCACUUGGUACAGGAAUAUACAACUAAUGUUUUUACAUUGAGCGAAUGAACAACAAAUCACUUACUUACCUGUUGAAUCCAAAAUUAACCCUGUCUCGACAAUCGUCAUCUUAGUGUGGACAUAUUGGUGGCUUUGACUUGAUUCACCGAUACUGGGUAACGAAAAUUGUAAACUACUCCGUAUUGAAAACACUUUCUGUCAUGGGAUGGCGAGGACCGACAAAAGCAAGAGACAAAAGCAAGACACUCAGGACAGCAUGAAUACUUUCUAGUAGUUCCCAAAAAAAGUCUUCAUGAUUUAGAUAAAAACUGCCUAUCCGGU